CAGGAGUUGAUUACAUUAAUGCUCCAUCGCAAUUGGGAAGGCUUCGGAUGAUUAUGGUAGGCCGCUCUGGGUUCGUGCUUGUCCAGUGCGCGGCGGUUUAAGGUCUCUUAGCUUGACGAAGAUGACCCGAUGUGUGCCUGGCCUUCUCCGUGAUUCUCCCCUCUACCUCGCGCCAUGUACUGGCCAAAUGGAGUUCCUCGGGUCUAUGCGAUUAAUGGCCCUGGAAUUCCUAUUGCACCCUCAGACGAUGAAUAUGUAGCAGAUCCUGAAAACUCUCCAGAGCAGAGGCUACCCCUAAACCAAAACAAUGGAUCUGAGCUGUUGUCCGGGCUGGACGCAUCAGCAAAGUGGACAGAUGAAGCUAUUAGUGGGCUGUGUGUUUCUCGAAGCGGGCACAUGUUUGCUACGAUGACCAAUUCGUCCAUAGCCGUUUGGCAAACGAGGCCUACCGCAGUCGUUGCUGCUGUCUCUCGGUCGUCAACAUCACUCGAAACCUACGGAGCCAACGUAGCUCUCUUAAUGCGUCCCGAUUCGACAAUCCUUGUUGUCCAGACUCUGAAAGGAUAUCUUCUUACCUACAACAUUUCCACAGACCCCAACGCCCGCGUGUAUCAACAGCAGUUUGAUCAGAGCACGUCAAAUCGCCGUCAGCAGCUUGCCCGCCUAUCAGCAGAGGAGGAUUCUAGCGCAAUCCGGGAUGUAAGCAUACGUUUUCGAAUGGCGAUCAAGAUAGAGUCUGGAAUUGUGAAAGCGUUGGCGUUGGAUAAUGAGCUUGUGGUUGGUACCGUGAAGCCCGCUGCUAUACAGUGCAUUCGAUGGACCCCCGAUGAGGACGGUACCCAAACCACGUCGGAGCUUUUGAGCCGCAUUCUCGGUAUCUCGAAGCGGAUAUCUAUUACAGAUAUGGUAUAUGACCGUGCGAUAAACCUCCUGGUAUGGGUUACCAGUGAAGGACAAGCCUAUGCUGUUCAACGCAUCUCCGAUGACCCGCACGAGUCAGAACUCCCGAAGAAGUUAUUCAAUGGCCAUUGCUUCCAUACUCCGACAGAUGAUGGGCAGAAAGCCGUAAAAGUUACCGUCAACGCGCGUUUUUCACUGCUUACGGUAAGCUGUGCGAAUGGUGAUAUUCUCGUCUACACAGCCAAAGACUACUUGGGAAAUGUCCCUCUCUCACAUAAACUUCAGCUUCCUGCUUCGCCCAACACGACAGGCAGUCUGACAUUCAUGAGCUACUCGCCGGACGGGUACUGCCUCUUCGCAGGCUAUGAACGUGGUUGGAUGACAUGGAGUGUGUUUGGCAAGCCGGGCGGGAAUAGUUUCUCGAUCGACCGGUCUCUUGCGAAAUCUAAUAGCGAAGAUUGGCUGAUAGGUGUUUCACACGGAUGCUGGAUAGGUGGAGGCUCAGAUAUCAUUCUGACGGGGCAAGACGACCGCCGCUUAUGGAUUCUAGAAACAGCCCGAAGUGCACUCACCGGCUGCUUUUCAUCUGCCAAUCUUGCUCGAGGUUUAUUGCAAACAGGGACGGAGGUUAUCAUCUAUCGUGGCCAUGAUCUGCCAGAUUUGAUAACGAUUUCCGGGAAGGACUCCCUUUGGCACCACGCACAGUAUCCCCCCGCCUAUCUUCACUCUCAAUGGCCAAUUCGUUCCACCGUCGUGUCUCAAGAUGGAAGAUACGUUGCCAUCGCCGGCAGACGCGGUCUUGCACACUAUAGCGUAAACAGCGGUCGCUGGAAGGUAUUUGAGGAUUCCAAGAUAGAGAAUUCCUUCACAGUCCGUGGCGGAAUGUGUUGGUACGGGCAUAUACUAAUCGCUGCUAUCGAUCGUGAUGGAUCGUACGAGUUGUGUCUUUUUCCACGCGAACUACCACUGAAUAAUAAUUCUAUUUUGCAUAUAGAGUACCUUCCUUCGCCGGUGGUCUUCAUCGGGCCUUCUGGUGAGGACUCUCUCCUUGUCUAUACCUACGAUAAUAUCCUAUACCACUAUAUAAUCAAUUCCACGCAACCUCGAAUCACUCUCGUCCCCGUCGGCCAAAUCGCGUUCAACGGGAUUGUACGAGCACCCACUCGUGUCCGAGCUAUCAGCUGGGUUUUACCGGAAGACCAACUUCGCAACGGAGAUCCGUCUCGGGACGUGAAGGUUGCGUCAGUACUUCUCCUCGUGGAUGGUAAUCUUGUUCUGCUCCAGCCAUCUUUGUCGGAUGCCGGGGAAUUAAAAUAUGAUAUGCGCGUAAUAUCUCAUGAUGUUGAGUACUAUAUCUUGAUGCGAGACCAGCUCUCCUUCAAUUUUGCUCCAUCAUUUGAAGAAUCUCUGCCACCUAGUCCAUCUGCCGAAUUGGCCUUGAGCAAAUAUCACAACAACCUCUCCCUCCGAGAUUCGCUUUGGACCUUCUGUGGUAAGGAUCUUACGGCCUGGGGCGACGUUCAAGACGUUUUAAAAAAGGAGGAUGUGCCGAACCCGAUUGAAGUGCCUCUUGACUUCUACCCUCUAUCUGUUCUACUGAAUAAAGGGAUUGCUCUCGGGGUGGAAUCGGAAACGAUUCAACGGCGCGAUGUAACAUUUGCUGUGCAAAAAUUCGCAAUUCGAACACAUUUAUUCCUCCCAUACUUCCUACAAUACAGUCUUGUACAUGGGGACAUGCCCGCUGCUCUCUCGCUAUGCCAAUACUUCUCCCAUCUUUCCUACUUUCCUCACGCCCUCGAAAUACUUCUACACCACGUCUUAGACGAAGAGGUCGACAACACAGCACGCGAUCGCAAACUUGAUGAUGAUUCUCCAAAACACGACCCUCUGCUUCCGUCUGUAAUCUCGUUUCUCCAAGCCUCACUUCCCCCUAGUGUAUAUCUAGAUAUCGUUGUCCAAUGUACACGAAAGACGGAGCUUCGUUCAUGGCGCACGCUAUUCGCCUACCUCCCCACUCCAAAGGAUCUCUUCGAACAGGCAUUGAAACUGAACUCCCUCAAAACAGCCGUUGGUUACCUGCUCGUGUUACAGGCUUUUGAAGACGAAGCAGAGGGCCACAGCGCAUCAGUCGAAGACUAUGUAGUUCGACUGAUGAUUCUAGGAUCCCAAAGGAGUGACUGGGAACUUUGUGCCCAAUUAGCCAGGUUCCUGGUUGGCCUUGACGGGUCAGGAGAUAUGCUACGACGUGCAGUGUCGCGAGCAGGUCUACGCAGCGACGGUUUUCCCGGAGCGGGACUCAAUGGUUCAGGAACCGGCUUGAAAGGCUUAGGCUUGGAAAUCCGUUCUCCAUCAUGGUCCUCAGUUUCUCCCGCAACCUCUAUCUCCCCCCAUGGCAGCCCGGGCAGAGUAAGUGAUGCGUCAAUUAAGAACGAUGAGGUGGAGGGUUAGGUCGCCGCCAUAUAUAGCUUGAAAAUAUGCCACAUUGAUUUAUGUACAUAAUCGCAGUCAAUCAUUUUGUUUUUGUUUUUUUUUUCUCUUUUUUCUCUUUUGGGGGGGGCCUCCAUUCAAUCAAAUAUC